UUGCUAGCCAGUACUUCACAGCUGUCAACCUGAGUGGCAAGUAGCAGCUACUGUGAGUAGCUUCUGUGCACUAUGAAGAAUUUUUCAUUUCCUAUGCAGGAUAACACACAUCAGACCGAGAGUCCUUCUCACAGAUUCCUGAGUUUGACAAAUCAGUCAGAUGCUGUUGGAAGACCAGAAAGAGACGAGCAAUUAGCUCAAGUAGAGAUCGCUGUACUGGGGGUCAUAUUUCUGACAGCGUCUGUGGGCAAUGUUAUUCUCAUACUGGUGCUGUGGCGAAGAAGAAAGAAGCUGUCUAGGAUGUAUGUGUUCAUGCUUCACCUCAGCAUCGCUGACUUAGUGGUAGCCUUUUUUCAAGUGCUGCCUCAACUUAUUUGGGAUAUUACAGAUGUUUUCAUAGGGCCAGAUUUCUUGUGCAGAACUAUCAAGUAUCUACAAUUGCUGGGCAUGUUUGCCUCUACUUAUAUGAUAGUGGUCAUGACAGUGGACAGAUAUCAAGCGGUUUGCUACCCUAUGGUCACCUUUCAAAAGAAGAGAGCUCUCUGGAAUAUCCCCAUUUGCACCAGCUGGUCUAUAUCACUAAUUCUUAGCCUGCCACAGGUAUUUAUCUUUUCUAAGACUGAAAUAUCUCCAGGUAUCUUUGAAUGUUGGGGUGAAUUUAUUCAGCCGUGGGGCCCGAGGGCAUAUGUGACUUGGAUUUUUCUAGUGAUAUUCUUCAUUCCCUCAGCCAUUCUUGUCACAUGCCAGGUUAAGAUUUGCAAAAUAAUAAAAAGAAAUAUAUAUGUGAAAAAGCAGAAUGAAUAUGAAGUAACAAAUCAGAAGGAAGUCCUGCCAUCCCGAGCAAGCAGUAUGAACUGUAUUUCAAAGGCUAUGAUCAAGACUGUAAAAAUGACAGUGGUGACUGUUGUUGCCUAUGUUCUCUGUUGGUCACCUUUCUUCAUUGCACAGCUGUGGUCUGUGUGGUUCCCCAGUGUCGUGACCGAAGGUUCAGCAUUCACCAUUAUCAUGCUCCUUGGCAAUUUAAAUAGUUGCACCAACCCAUGGAUUUACAUGUAUUUCUGUGGCCACAUUCCAUAUUGCACAAAAAAGCAGAUGGAGAACACUUCGGCUCAAGAGGAAUCAGUGAUCACGGGGAGCAUUCAUCUCAUAGACAGAGACACAGAGGAAAAUAGUACUUCUGCGUAAAUGUUGACUGCUUUUUGUUGUUUUGUAACAUUUGCUGUGUUCACAACACAUAUUGUUGUUUUACCACGAUCCCUUGUUUUGUGGAUAAGGAGGCUGGAAAAUUGUCUUUUGCUGUAUAAAUAUAUUUCUCUGCAGUUCUGUAGCAUAUACAGGAAGUUUCUGUGUUGUGCAAGCCUGAGUCAGUACUUCCAUCACCACUGUGUUGCCAGAAUGAAUCCUUGGAAGGACUGACAAAGAGACAAAAAUAAUAUCUUAGAUAUUUUGUGUCCUAAAAGUACUUUCUCGUCUGUGAUUCUGGAUUUCUAAGUAGCAAAAUUUUACAACUAAUUGGUCCAACAAAUUUAAACAUAACUGGAAAGAAUUCUGACAUAAUUGGUUUUGAAUAUGUUUUCAAAUUGAGCUGUAAAUUGUUCAUCAUUCUGGUGUGACUAGGAGAAAGUCUGGCAAGUCUUGAGAAAGCAGCAGAAAUCAGAAAAUUCUUCUGCUCACUAUUAUUAACACUUGAUUUAAAUUAACUCCCUAUAUACAUUUAGAAAAUGCUGCUCAGCUUAAAAGAUUAAAAUUUAAAUAAAUUAAUUCUCCUCUUGCCACUUAACACCUACUUCAGUUUCAAAUGCCAUUGUGGACCACAGGUAUCAGCAGCAUAGUAGCAGUCAAGGUUUGUGGCUUGACACCAUGGGAUUUGAUCCCCCAUGCAUCCCCUGAUGUGCAAGCAGUUAACAGGAUGCACCCCCCACCCCCACCUCCC